AUUGCUGACUGUCGAAAAUGGCUUCAAAAACUUAUAAAUAUUUUAUUUUGACCGGAGAACCUGGUGUCGGUAAGACUACGCUGACAAAAAAAUUAGUAAAGGAGAUUGUAGGUAAGGGUGUUAAAACCUCGGGAUUCUACACUGAAGAAGUUAGAUAUGAUCGUAUUAGAGAGGGGUUUGAUGUGGUGGCUUUGGAUGGUGCAAGAGGUAGAUUGGCUAGAGAUCAGAACUUGUUGAAAAAUCCCGUUAAACAUAAAGUUGGGAAAUAUGGAGUUCUGGUGGAGGAAUUUGAAAUAAUUGCUUUGCCCUCUCUUGUGAAGCCGAAUGACAGUCAAGCUCACUUACUCGUCAUUGAUGAAAUAGGAAAAAUGGAGUUCUUCAGUGAAAAAUUCAAGAAUACCAUACAUAAUAUUUUCAGUCCUUCUUCAGAUUAUACCGUACUGGCAACUAUCCCUGUUAGAAAAAGCGACCAGUUAAUAGAAUCUAUAAGAAACCAUAAGCAGGCUAGAGUUUGGACGGUAACAAGAGAGAACAGAAACAGUUUACAAGAAGAAAUUUUGAAUGAAAUAAAUAAAACAAUUAGUUUUUAAGUUAAUGUUUUUUUUAUUAUAAUACUUAUUACAGCAAAAUAAAAGUUAU